UAACCUCAAACGAAUUUUGUCAUAUAAUUUUCCAUGAGAUUUGUAGUAUGCCGCUACCAAAAUAUGGGAAAAUAUUAAUUUCGUGGUAAUUACUUCAAUAUUAAAAAUUGUACAGUGUGUAUUUAUUACGUUUACUGCGGGUUGGUAUAACUGUAGCGAGUCUAUCCCUGUUUGUGUUGUCCCGGAACUCUAUCAAUGCGCACCGUCUGGAGAACAUGAGAGCGCGCGAACGCAUGCGCAGAGCCAACGAAGGAGAAUACCCUGAUACCUACAGACGACUUUGAAUUUUAUUUUUUUUAAACGAAGCAACAUAAACCAUGGCGGUGCCCCAGCUGGACCCUGCGAAGCUGCAGCUCGUCCAAGAGCUUGAAAUUGAGAUGAUGUCAGACAUGUACAACCGCCUCGUCAACGCUUGUCACCGGAAGUGCAUACCUGUCAAGUACCACGAGCCUGAACUAGGUAAAGGCGAGUCUGUGUGCCUAGACCGCUGCGUGGCCAAGUACCUGGACGUGCACGAGCGCAUCGGCAAGAAGCUCUCCAGUAUGUCGCAGGGAGACGCUGAUGCUGCGCAGGACCUCACCAAGAUCAACCUCCAGGAUAAGAAAUAAGAUGUGGACAGAGAAGUGACACAAGUUUUAUCUUAGUUUUGAGUUGUCCAUGCAUUAAAAAAAGUACCUAGGGUCAUUUAGACGGUGUGGGAACUCCAUGAUUAAAGGAUCUACUGGAUAAGACAUUUGGGAUGGGGUGAAAUAGCCUUAUGGAACAUUCACUAGGAGUAGCAGAGAAAGCGCUAUUAUUAACUAAACUCACAUUCAGAUUCGCGCGCCGUCUAAAUGAACCCUGCGUCACACAAUAAAUAUUAAAGACGGGUUCUCUAAAUAAGGUGAACCCUGAAUAUUCUAAAUUAUGAGAUAAAAAUAUUGGGUCACUUUUUUACGUUCUCUUGACCUGUUGGGUAAAGCAAUGAAUCGUUGGUGAACUAAGUUUUAAUUAUUACUGACAAAUAAAUAAUGAAAAUAUACAAAGAUUACCCCCACGAUUUAGAUAAUUUUGUUAUUUCUUGUCAAUGUUUAUUUUCAAAUCGAAUAUUAGGAAAGGUGUUCCAAGUUUUUCCAUUCUGUAACCAUUAACAAUAUACCACAGAUGAUGCAUGGUACUGAAAAUACAAAAAAAAUUGGAACACAUUUUUUUUAUGGUAUGAAUAAAUGAUUUUGAGUCGGAAAAUAGAAAUUUAAAAACAUCUUUUACUGUUAACAAAUUUUAGAAACCUACCAUGUGUAUUUGCGAAUAAUAUUGCAAUUAUAAAAAUCAUGUUAAAUCACUGCAAUUUUCUACCUCAAUGUAACUGCAUAAUGCAAGAUUUUAUUUUAUAACGAUUCAUUGCUAAUAACAAUAAGAUAUAGAAAUCUACAAAUUAAAAACUGUUUUAGAAUUAAUUAUUAUUACCAAAUCGUCGGAAUAAAAUCCUUUUAAUUUGCAGAUUUCAUAACUUUUUAAAUUUAUUGUGCACGUGAAUUUCGGCUAUUGUACACAAAUUAAUAAGGUAUAAUUUGCCUAUGCAUUUUAUUAGUGGAGGUUUGUUAGAUGUAUGAAUUUAGUGACUGUUAGUAAUGUUGUUGGAAAAUAAAAUUAAUACAAAUCA